GUGUGCAGUUGCAAAUUUUGUGAAGCAAAUUCGCGAUCCUGUAGGAGCGUUGUGAAAUUAUUUCAAAAUGAACCAUCGAACGAGGGCCCUGGUGGGGCUGCUGUGCAUAGCGGGCUUGGCGUCGGGUCAACUCAACCAAAGCUACCGUCCGGAGUUCUUCUCUCCCGGUCAAGGCUUCCAGUCGGUGUCGGCGCAGAUCUCGAGCAGUAAUGUCCAGCAGUUUAAACGACAGGCUCCCGGCGGUGGCGGUGCGGGGGGUACCGAUGUCAUCCCGCAUGACCAGAAGAAGCAAACCACCUUCUGGUGGGUGGCACCGGACACCCCGUUCAAGGCUACUAAAAUUGGUGGUGGUGUCCAGGAACCGCCCGGUACCGGCGGCGGCGAUGGUGACGAUGGUUCGGUGGCUGGUGGUGGUGCGGCAGGUGCCGUAGCGGGAGCGGGAGGUGGUGCAGUGGCGGCUGGAGGCGCUGCCGGUGGUACCGUUUCGCAGACGGCGUUCCAAGCAUCGGCCGCCCGUACAGCGACCGGUCAGGCGGGGCAAGCGUUCGGCGCUGGUGGAGCAACGACUUCCUUCCAGUCGUCAACAGCUUCCCGUACGAUCGGAACGCAAACCCAAGGGUUCCAGGGGGCCGGUGUUGGAGCGGCUGGAGCUGCCGGAACGAUCGGUGCUACACAGUCAACCGUCAGAUCGUCCAGUAGCUCGUUCGGUACGCAAACCGGCGUUGUCCAACCAGCCAUCAUAGCCGGUUCUACGCAAACCCGAUCGUCCACAUCCAACACGCAGGUUAAUACGGGGACGAUACAGCCGGGUGUUGGAGCAGGUGGCGUCCGUACGUCCACCAUUAUACGUCAGUCGAAAACACAAACAACGACUGGUGUAGCUCCCGUCCCUGCUCCACCACCACCACCACCGUCCACCUCAAUCAAAAGCACGACGACCGGCGUGCGGACGGACACGAUCACGUCCAACAUUAACCGACCGGUGCCUCCAUCCACCGUGGGCAUUAACACACAGACUAAUGUAGAUACGCAGCGUACUAUCCAAACUAACCUCUAUCCGGGCCAACCGGGGCAGCCGGGCCAGCCGGGCAGUACUUCUACCGCUACGGUCGUGGGGACCUCUACCAGGACAACCGAUCUAACACCAAAUAACUUUGGCGGUAAUACCGUAACGAAGACGCAGGAACGUACUGAAGGAGGCAUCACGAGCAAGGUCACAACCACCGGCACGAUUACACGGCCAAUCUUCAAGCAAACGAUCACCUCGACCGGGUACAACUACCCAGUGCCAGAAACGAUUCCGUGCUACGAGCCCAGCAAAAUCUGUGCCCCGAAUCAGUUCUGUGUCGAUGGAUUCGUCGAUGAGUCGCAGCUGAACCUGUUCAACACGAACAAUCAGAACUGCAACUCCGCCACCGAACAGUGCUGCAGGAUUCGGCCAACGCCAGCCACGCGUUGUCCCGACGAUAGCUACGUCUGCGUAUCGCCCGACUUAUGCAACAAUGGCCUGCUGAACUUCGAUGCACAGAAUGCCAUCUCCACGAGACAACCGACUGGCGAAUGUUACGCACCGGAAGUUUGCUGCAAACAGCAAUCCCUGCUCUCCCAAUCGACCGUCCUGACCAACGAAGGUUACGUCGUUAAGGUACCGGAAAAUCAGUACCUCCCACCGGAGGGUCAAAACACCGUCACAAACAUUCAAACUGCACCACCCCCACCACCACCCACUACACCUCGCCCACCACCCACCACUACACGCUAUGUACCACCACCUACCACGACACGCUAUGUACCACCACCGACCACCACGCGGUACGUGCCACCACCAACCACCACCCGGUACGUGCCACCGCCAACGACUACGCGCUACUUCCCACCACCGACCACCACGCGUCCACCAUUCCGCGGCGACGAGUACAUUCCACCAAGGGAGGAAGUGCCAGCACCGUCCAAUGACGACCCUAACAAGAUCAGACCUCCACAGGACGAGAUCCCGAACCCGGCCAACGAUACACCGGUCGUCAUCCGGCCCACUACGCAGCGUCCAUUCCAGCCACCGCGUCCGCAAGGUCCGGAAGCACCGCCACCACUACCACCGGUAGGAUGCUCGGCUGCCAUGAACUGUACCGAGGAGGAGUACUGUUCCUCGACCGGCGUUAUCUCGAAGACUCCCGUUGUGCUGACCGAGGAGCAGAAGCUGUUCCGCGUACCGGUAACGGCUUGCCGAAACUUGGAGCGAGGAUUCACUGGAGUUUGUUGUCGCGAUCCGGACUACGUUGAUCCGUGGCCGGUCGGUCAGCUUGGACAGUACAAUCCGGAAAUUCUAGGCUUUGACGAUGGUUCGUACAAACCGGCCGGAAAUGGUAACGGUAAUGGUAACGGUAAUGGAAAUGGCAACGGACGCCGUCCAGGCGAACCGAUCCAGGCGUCACCGUCCCAGGUAACGUCCACACAAUCGUUUGCACCGAACCAGUUCGUCAGCCAGACGGCCUCAGUGACACAGAGCAAAUCGCAGUACGAUCGGGGCGUAACAGCGUCCGCUUCCUUCCAGUCUACCGUCGGCCAGCGCGUAAAUGCUGUACCGUCCGGGCUACAGUUUACCAACAGUGGCAACACCCGAUUCCGCCCGUUCCAGAACCAACGAUCGGAAAACACGUUCGCGAAGCCACAACAGUGUGCCCCACGAAACUAUAACACUCAGCCACGAGGCGCAGGACCGUUGGGCACUGGAUUCGGUGAGUUCCCGUGGCAAGCGAUGGUACUGUUGGAGACCAACAAGACUCUGCUGUGCGGGGGAGCCAUCAUAUCGGAUAACACCGUCGUAACUGCGGCCAAUUGUGUCUAUGGACUUAACCCACGAACGAUUCAAAUCAAGGGAGGAGAAUGGCGCCUAGGAGUUGACGCAGAACCAAAGACAUUCCAGAUUGUGCGCGUGAAGGACAUCGUGUACCAUCCAGCUUACAAUCCGACUACGUUGAACUACGACGUUGCCAUGUUGGUGCUAGAGGAUCGCCUUAAGUUCGAUACGCACAUCGGAGCCAUCUGUCUGGAUGAGAAUGAUGUUGUGCCGAGUGCUUCGUACGAGAACUGUGUGACUACUGGUUGGGGCAAGGAAGUACUUAAGAUUCACAUCCAAAAUGCGCUGAUGCACCAGAUGUCGAUCUCGCUGCUGUCGGAAGCGGAAAGCCAAAGCCAGCUGCAACGAAACGGAUUCGCACCGGAAUCGCACAUCUGUGGCCGUCCGUCAGGGGAUGCCUGUGAGGUUGAUGUGGGCAGUGCGCUGGCUUGUGCGGAUACGAGCGGCGCCUACUAUCUGAAGGGUGUCUACUCGGCCGACAACGGAUGCAACCGUCCGGAUCAGAUCGUUUCGUUCUCGAACAUUGAUGUGCAAUGGAUCAAGCAGGCGUUGAAGAACCCGAACCAGUUCAUUACGCCAGUACCGAACUAUCAGACCGCGGCCAACAGUCCACAGGUGACGCGAGUACAGCUCCAGUCCACUCAGGGCCCGGCGUACAACAACAAGUACCUGCCACCGUACUAG